AUGACAUUAAUAAAGCAAGAACAAUCUUCACCAUCUACAAUAAACACCCCAAUUCCAUCCGGUUUAGCCCAAGCCGACGCAAUUAAUGCUAUCACAUCAUCAACAAAUAUUCAAUUAUUGCAAAAAAUUGGAUCUCCUCCGGCUAUUAAUAAAUCAAUUUCUCAUGAUUCUCCAGCCGUACAUAAUCACCAAACAAUUUAUAAUAAUACAAAUAGCAUAACAAAUCAAUAUAGGGUCGAUUUAGAAUCAUUAAUAGAUGGGUUGACUUCAGUAUUAGGCAAAGAGAAUUGGACAAAGUACGCUCAGCUGCUUAGUCUUUUUAUAUUAGGGAAACUUUCUAGAAAGGAAUUAUGUCGUGAUAUCGAUUCCAUGUUUAAAAAUAUACUAACCACCACAACCAAUGACUCAACUAGCAAAGAAACAAACGAUAGUAAUAAUAAUACAAGUACUAAUACAAAUGCUAAUACAAGUAAUACUUCUUUGUCUAUGAAUUCAACGACAACCUCAAAUAUGUAUUAUUAUUUAAUCAAAUUGCAUAAUCAAAUUUUAAUUGGUAUAUAUAAUAACUCAAUUAGAAGUUCUGAUAAUGAUGAAGCAAAUGGAGUUGGAUCAUGGGGGUUUGGUAAUAAUUCAAAUAAUAAAUUAAUUAAUAAUAAAUUUAAAAGAGUGAACAAACAUAAUUCUCAAAUUGAAAAUUAUAAAAAAGUUGUGAUGUCCUUGCCAAUUCAUGAUAGAGAGAGAUUAAAAUCAAUUACAAAAGAAGCUGGGAAACGUGGGUUUGUAUUAUGUUCAAUUUUACAAGCAAGAUUAAACCAAACCCCAAAGAUUCCAAUAGUAACAAACCCUGACACUUUAAAAAGAAUAAAAACAAAUAAUUUAAAAACACCAUUGGAAUGGUCACAAGAUAUUAUGAAUGGAUUUAAUUCACAAUUAUCAACAGAAAGUUAUUCUUUGCCUGAUAAAGAUACAGUUUUUCUACGAAUGGUUGGGAUUGCUAGAGAACAUGGGCUAGUUGGGACAGUUAAUGCUCAAUGCGUAGAAAUAUUAUUAACAGGUUUGGAACACUAUUUAAAAGAUAUUGUAAGUACUACCAUAGACUCUGUUAGAUACAGAGAAAAAAGAUACUCAGAUUACUAUGAUACUGACGAAAAUGGUGUCUUUCAACCAGUUUCGGAGGAAAUUCAUAAUAAUAACUUUUCAAGCUCUGAUAAUAGUACUCUUACAGAUUCCACAAAGUUUAGUGGCAUUAAUAGUGAAGUUGAAAAUGUAGUAACAAGCAAUCCAAUAAUAUCUUUAACAAAUGAUGACUUAUUCGAUUCCAUGCAAAUAUUUCCAAACAGUUUGGAAAAUUCAAAUGCACACUUCAAUUUAUUAAAUUCUACAAUGAUGAAUGAUGAUGAAUUGAUUGUAACUCAUAGCAGCAUUGAUGAUUUACCUGAUUUUACAAACCUGGAGGAUAGACCCUCUUUUAGUCCGAGAGAUAAAAGAAAUAUUGGUUCUAGAAUUGAAUUGAAUUGGCUAAUUAAGGAUAUAUUGACUGAAAAAUAA